AUGACUGUCGACGUCGCCACAGCACAGGACGAAUCGCCGCAGUAUUGCCCCUACUUUGGCAAUCGCGGAACAGAGCCGCUGAUGCGGCCUGGCAUUGGCGAUCGCAAUCUCAACUGCUCCUGGUACCACGACAACGCCUGCUGCCGGGCGAAUGAGGUGUAUGACAUCUUCCAGACACAGCGUGCUCUGCCUGGUGCAGACUUUGGGUGCCAGAUUGCAAUGUCGCGCCUCAUGUGCUGGGUGUGCGAUCCAGACCAGGCGUUGUUCUACUACAACGAACAGCUGCACAUUUGCCAGUCCAUGUGCGACUACGUGUUCGCCGCCUGCCAAGACGCCCUCUUCCAGGGCCGCACACUCCGGGAGCAGUUUGGAACGUCGCGUGCACUGUGCGAGGCGCGACGAUUCAAGGUGGUGCAAGACGGCGGCGACGAGGCGUGCUUUGACGGCGCCCUGUCGCUGACGAGUGCUGGCGGACGGUUCAUUGCCCGGCGAGAGAAACCGGUCAAGGUGAAGAAUUCGGCGCAGACGUCAGCGCCACUCAUUGCCGCUGUCGCAGCUGCUGUUGGUCUGGCCGUGCUGGCAACGGCCUGA